UUUAUAUAUAAAAAAUGCUUGCGUUAGGCCCAAAAAAGGAUGGAGGACCGAAUGCCAAAUUUUUUGAAUCUCCGGAAAUCCUCGCACAACUUGAUGGUGUUAAACAAUGGCUUUUAAAAAAUUGCAAAAAGUAUGUACAAACAGAUCCUCUUACAAAUAAAAGUUUAGCAACAUUAGUCGUACAAUUGCUGCAGUUCCAAGAGGAUAAUUUAGGAAAAAAUGUAACCAAACCACCCAUGACAAGGGUACCGAUGAAAUGUUUCUUAGACUUUAAACCUGGAGGUGGUUUGUGUCAUAUACUUUCUACCGCUUAUCGAUUUAAGCAAGAACAAGGAUGGCGUAGGUUUGACUUUCCAGUUGGAAAGUCAGGCUCUCGUAUGGAUCGUAUAGUAGAAAUGUUAAUGGCAGCAGAGCGUGCUUUAACUCAAAAUAGAUGUUUGACUAUACCUAGCGUCUUUGUAAGAGCCGACGUCGAUAAACCAACGGCAACAAAAGUAAAAGAAGCAGUAAGACGACAUCAAGGCACAGUUGUUGAGAAUGAAGCAGAUGCUACACAUAUUAUUUUUCCAUCAGUAGAUCCAAUGGAAGAAGAAUGCGCUAGACCAUGUAUGAGACGUGAAAGAUCGGUUCUUCUUCAUUGGUAUUACUUCCCAGAUAGUUAUGACUCUUGGACUACUCUAGAUCUUCCUUGGGAAUUUCCUGAAGGAACCCUAAAUAUUACAAGUACAAGAUCAGUAUAUAAGGUUUCUGCGACGUGGGCACUUGAUUUAGAUUUAUAUAAUGAAUGGAUGAAUGAAGAAGAUUAUGAGGUAGAUGAUAGUGGACAAAAAAAAGUGCAUAAAUAUAGACUUUUAGUAGAAGAUCUAAUGGCCCAACCUUCUCAUCCACCGUCAGGAAAAAAACCCAAAAGGAAAAGAUCCCCAAGUCCACCACCAAAAAUUGGAAAACGCAAAAGUAGCAGAGCUCCAUCAAAUUUACAAAGCACUUCAUCGACUUCUUCGGCAGCUACUCCAAAGAAAUCACGAGGUACUGGAGAUGAAGAAGAAGAUCUUACUGAAGGGAUGGAGGAUCCACCAGCUGAACCUCGUAUCGUCGAAGUUGUUGCCGCUCCUGCUAAUCCUCCAAUAACAGGCCAGAACAGUAAUGCGACAACAAGCACUAGUUUAGCAUCAACUGGAAACAAAAAACAAGAUAAUGAACUACAACCUCUCAAAUCUGGAAAUAUGGCUGAUUUGGACGAGCCUAUAGAAGCAGGCGACAAAGGUAGCUCUCAGGGAACUCAAGACAGAGAGGAAAGAGAUACGAGCAAAGAAAGAGGAGAAGGAGGUAAAGGAGACGAGCCAGAGGAUAAUGUUACAGAACAAACUCAUCAUAUAGUUGUACCAAGUUACUCAGCCUGGUUUGACUAUAAUUCAAUUCAUACUAUAGAGAAAAGAGCAUUAUCUGAAUUCUUCAAUGGGAAAAACAAAUCUAAAACACCUGAAAUUUAUCUUGCGUACAGGAAUUUUAUGAUAGAUACCUAUAGAUUAAAUCCUACAGAAUAUAUUACAUCAACAGCUUGCAGGCGUAAUUUAGCUGGGGAUGUUUGUGCAAUUAUGCGUGUUCAUGCUUUUCUGGAACAAUGGGGUUUAAUCAAUUAUCAAGUAGAUGCAGAAUCUAGACCUACACCUAUGGGUCCACCACCAACAUCUCAUUUCCAUGUAUUAUCGGAUACUCCAUCAGGCCUUGCACCGGUUAAUCCAAAUCCACCAAAAACACCUCAACCAUCUGCAGCAAAAACAUUACUUGAUCUUGAGAAGAAAUCUACUGCUAUACUUGGAACAGAAGAAAAAGUUUCGGCUAGUGCUAUGUCAAACUUUGGUUUAAAAGUUGACCAAUAUUCUAGGAAACCUGCAGUGUUAAAGAACAAACAAGCAGCUGGAGCAACACGUGACUGGACCGAACAAGAAACACUUUUAUUAUUGGAAGGCCUAGAACUUCAUAAAGAUGAUUGGAAUAAAGUCUGCGAACAUGUCGGUUCAAGAACACAAGAUGAAUGUAUAUUACAUUUCUUACGGUUACCCAUAGAAGAUCCAUAUCUUGAGGAUGGUGGUCCAGAAGGUUUAGGACCUCUAGCGUAUCAACCAGUACCUUUUUCAAAGGCUGGAAAUCCAGUUAUGAGUACAGUUGCCUUUUUAGCUUCAGUCGUAGACCCUAGAGUGGCAGCUAGUGCAGCUAAAGCUGCUAUGGAAGAAUUUGCUGCUAUUAAGGAUCAAGUACCAGCUGCAUUGUUAGACCAACAUUUAAGAAACGUUCAAGCUAGUGCUAACUCGGAUGGAAAAUUUGAUCCAGCUGCUGGACUUGCACAAUCAGGCAUUGCUGGUACGGGAUCACCUGAACCACCUGAUGAUACUACAACACCGUCAACUACUGGAACUCAAGCAUCAUCUGUAACUUCUCCUCAUUCGACAGGUCCAGCUUCUAUAGAAGCAAAGAAAGAAGAUCAAGAAAAAUCGAAGGAUGCAUCGGAUGUUGAACAAUCACCAUUAGAGAUAACUAAGAAAGAAGAUGAUUCUAAAGAAAGCGAAGAUGAUACUAAAUCUUCUGUUGAUGCUGAAGCUAUCGAGGCGAAAGAAAAAAAGGAUAAGGUUGUGAGGGACGCUCAAUUACAAUCUGCAGCAGCGGCUGCGUUAGCUGCCGCUGCCGUUAAAGCGAAACAUUUAGCGGCUGUAGAAGAACGGAAAAUAAAAUCGUUAGUCGCGUUAUUGGUCGAAACUCAGAUGAAAAAGUUAGAAAUAAAGUUACGUCAUUUUGAGGAAUUAGAAACAACGAUGGAACGCGAACGAGAAGGACUUGAAUAUCAAAGGCAGCAACUUAUUACUGAAAGACAACAAUUUCAUUUAGAACAACUAAGAGCAGCUGAAUUCAGAGCACGACAACAAGCACAUCAACGUUUAGCUCAAGAACAACAACAACAUACAUCUCCGGAGCAAACAUAAAACUCUAUUGAAAUAGGUAUUUGAGUGACAAGGGAUUACGCUCUCCCACCAUCGUACAAUCUAAUUCAUUAAUCGUUCGGAACCAAACUCAAGGGACAAGGACAUUACGAUGUACAUGUCGAUCAUAUGCAUCAUGUGAUUUACAUACCUUAGGGGGAUAAAGCUACUAAAUGAUAUUAAUAACAUUCAUGGUAAUAUAUAUAGUUUCUUCGUAGAAAUAAUUUCAUUA